UUGAAACGCCACGAUAUCCGGAGGCUUAUCCGGAUUCGCCGCACACUGGUCCGACGUUGUCAUUUUCCAUUUGGACGCUUCCUUCCCACGACAACUCCAAGAACAUGGCCGACUACGCAAAGGUAGAGCACGACCCCGUGGAGCAUGUCCGCGCUACGCACGAGCCCAACCUUGUGUUCGUCAUCCACCGCAACAAGAACAAGAACGUCGUGAGUUACGCCGCGAACCACGUCGACGGAGUGAUUGACGCCAAGGACCCGUUGACUGUGGACUGGAUCAUGUUUGAAAACAACCCCGUGGGCCGCGAAGGCCUCAACAUGAUUGAACGCAACACGGCGUACGGAGUUGCCGUGACCCCCUGGGAAGGCAAGGCCGGUUCGUACAAGGUCAUCUUGGCGUCCCUGCCGGACAAGGUGAUUGAGCUCCAUGUCGUGGACGGCAAGCCUGUUGCGCACACUGACAUCAACGGUGUUCCCGGAUGCAAGUUGAACCGCGUGUUUGUCACGUCCACCACGUCGUGGGGCUUGCCCAAGGUGCAGCACAUUGAAAUGUUUGCCACAGACCCGUCCGGCGCCGCCGUCGUCGAAAAGAAGAUCCCUUAGUUAACAAAAUCACACAUGCAGCAUUAUGCCACCGUCCUUCGUCUUAUACGUCGUUUUGCAAAUGCAAUGCUUUCUACAACGGAGUCAAUAGCCUCGACAUCGUCGUUGCUCAUUCAAGCACAGCAUCAUUGGGCUGACAUUACUAUUAUUAAUACUGUAAUAGCAUGGGGAAACUAAAAAAAAUCAAG